CCCCUAGGUUGGACGUGUUGCCGCGCAAAGCUCCAAUAACGCAUUUCCAUCCGCUGUCACUCACACGUAGGUGUUGAUGUUCACAUGUUUGAGUGACUGAGUGGCAACCUUCAGACGGCUCAGGUUCAGAUCUGGACAAGUUGACUGCGGGGACUGGAAAAAACAUGUCAAAUCCUGGUCAUUUUAUGUAUUUUGCUUUUGGGAGCAACUUGUUAAAGGAGAGGCUACGUUUGGCAAAUCCCUCUGCAACGUUUCGCUGCACCGGGCGGCUGAAGGACUAUGUGCUGAGGUUUGGCCUUUGGGAGGAGCACGUAGACAACCAGUGGCAUGGUGGCGUGGCCACGAUUGAGUGCAGUCCAGGCGGAGAGGUAUGGGGGGUGGUCUGGUCAAUAAGCAAUGACCAUCUCCUAAGCCUGGACGAACAGGAAGGGGUGAACCAGGGAAUGUACUCUCCGUUGGAGGUGACGGUGGAGACUGAUAACGGUCUCAUGCAGUGCAGGGCUUAUCAAAUGAACCAUUUCCACGCCUGCCCUCCCUCUCCUCACUACAAACAGGUGGUGUGUUUGGGUGCAAAGCAGAAUGGUCUUCCAGCGGAGUACCUGAAGGGCCUGGAAGCUGUCAAGACCAACAACUACAGUGGGCCCUCAGUCCUGGACAAAAUAAAAACGGUUAUGAAGUAGGAGCAGUACACCUGUGUGUUCAAGAGGAGUUAAUACACUCGCUGCUAUUGAGCCAUUUGGACCAAUGGGCCAUUACAAAACGUGACUUAAGAUUUUAUUUUAUUAGGAAGGUCAACAGCUAAAGUGUAGGUUCAACCAUGUUUAAGAUGUUUGUUGGUACAGAUGACCGAACUGCACUGGCAUCCAUCUCAUUUCAAACGGAUUUGCUCAGAUAACACCACAGUUACCAUGGUGUCUGUCAGGUCAAGAAGGAAGAUGAUUUUCAGGAUCGUAACUUUAAUUUACUCAGAUGAUGAAAUCAGUCUGAAAUUAAAUACCAUUAUACUUUAUACAUUUGUUGUUCAUUUAUUGUACAAAAGAGUAUAAUACAAAUGUUAUUGAACAUAUUAGCUUUUCUGAGCAACCCAGAAUUAAAAUUAAACCGGUAUAGAUGGAUGGAUGGAUGGAUAUUGGGCUUUAUUUUGAUAUAUUUGUCUCCAUUGAUUCACAAACUUAAAAGUAUUUCUCCAUCAUACAUGACAGAAAUAAGACUGCAUGGGCACAAAAUAAUAGAAAAUAUUUAUUACAUUUGAAGAGUAAAGAAAACAUGAAAUAGGCAAAACACUGAAUUGAAAGGAAACAACUACAUUAUUUACACCCCAGGGACCCCUUACAGAAUCAACGUUACCAACCCCAGACUUUGUUUCUACAAGAAUAAAAAAAAAAGAAAGCAGUAAUACAAAAAACAACUGGAGGAAAACAUGUGGCAACAUCAACACCAAAUGAAAUAGUUUGCUUUAAUCUAUAAUUUCCCACAAGGGAAGCAUAUGGUAAUAUGUGAGGUUAUUACAUCAGUGGUACAGUGUAGAAUCUAACGAAAAUAACAUUAAGACAGAAGCACAUGCAAACGCCAUGGGCUGAGACUUUUAAACAAUCCUGAGCUCCAGGAAUUAGUUUCUGUUUCUUUCAUUUAAAAAAGGACUUAAGCCAUAUUCAGAACUCUUUCAAACAUUUUAUACAGUCUCUGCUACUAGUACUAGCACCGGAUGACCAUUUAAUGUAAUCAGUUUGCAGGGGGCGGUCAACAAGAAACCUUUAAUGUUGUGAUUAUUUUUUUUUUGUCAUAAGAUGCUUACGUCUAUGAGGCAAAACAUGUUCUGGGGUGAGGAUUAUGACAAAAGGAAAAAUCCAUCCAUCCAUCCAUUAUCCUGCUCUCAGGGUCACGGGGAUGCUGGAGCCUAACCCAGCAGUCAUUGGGUGCCAGGCGGGCAGACCCCCUGGACAGGCCGUCAGGCCAUCACAGGGCCAAUGCAGACUAUGUAGACUCAACUGUAAUAAAUGAUUCAUCCGACAAGACUUGUGAACGUUAACACGAAAAGCUAACUAGGACAAAGAUGGAUGGGUUAGGGUUAGCAUCCCCCAUGAAGGGGGACAAAAAUCUGGGUAUUAUGAUGUUGAGGGUUCUGAUGCCAUGAAAGUAGGAGGGGAGUUGAUAUUUUUUACAAAACUGGAUUUCAGUAAAUAUGUACAAAAAAAGUCAACAAAAUUAGCAGCUAGCAGUAGUAAUUGCCAGUCAGAGCUUAAACCUAAACCAGUGGCCGACAGUGAAAAAGAGAUGUAACCAACUGAAUAAUGUUCAAAGUCUAAAGAUCGACACUAUUAUAUUUUGUACAUGUAGCAUUACACAUCCCAUCAUACCUGUGGCAUUAAGGGAC